AUGGACUUGACAAACUUAAUCAGUGAUAGUUAUGUAGAGUCUUACAACACAGCUACAUUUCAGAAAUGUGAACAAUUCAGUCGUUCGGAUUACAUAUUAACAGCAUCAGGAAAUAAGGUGUGCAAAGACUCCACUUUAUGCGGAAUGAAAAAUAUACACAUGCUAGGUAAAUCUAUUAUAAAAAAUAAAGCUAUAUUAAGAGGAGAUUUGAGCAGUUUAUAUUUUGGAAAAUACGUUAUCAUUGGAAGAAAAACGCUCAUUUGUCCUUGCUUCAUAAGUAAUAAAGAAAGUCUAAAUAACACCGCGCACAUUAAUACUGAUAGAAAUAACCCAAAUGAGGAAAACAAAUUAAAUAAAAGUUUAUAUGUACCUGUAAGUAUUGGUAAUUAUGUUUAUAUUGGAAAUGAUUGUAUAGUUAAAGCAGCUCUUAUAGGUAAUAAUGUUAUCAUAGGAAACAAUUGUGUCAUUGGUGAACGAGUUGUAAUAAAAGACAACGUAAUUAUUAAAGAUAAUACGUUUAUUCCGAAUGAUACGAAUAUUGCACCUUUUUCUAAAUAUGCAGGGUGUCCAGCAAAAUUUGUAAAAUUAUUGCCAGAAUCGGCAGAAAUGUUUUUAAAGGACAUUCCUUAUAUGCACUAUAAAAAUUUUACGCCGGAAAUUUAG